AGCCAAGUUAAACAUGGAAAAACGGCCGCCGAAGCUACUCCUCACCGGUCAUUGGAGCAUUUUAGCAUUGUUCAACAACCCCCGAAUCAGAUCGUCUUCCUCGUCUUUCCCCCAAAUUCCCAAGUCAAAUGUCCAACUCCACAUGGCUGCCGGAUCCUUGAGAAAGAAAGCUCAUGGUAAGCGAUCGAGCCUCGUUAAACCCCAACAACCACCUCCAAUGCCUAUCUCUUCUAAUUCUCCUUUUCGAACCAGAAAGACCGUUUUCCUCGUUUCAGUCGUGUCCGCGUUAGCCGUGAUUGCCCUUUCUUGGAAUACCUGGAGUUCCUUCAGAUCCACAGACGUUGUUUCUGAACAAAUUCACUCAAUCGAAGUCGUCAACGAGUUCCCUCACGACCCUGCUGCUUUCACACAGGGACUUUUGUAUGGAGGGAACGAUACAUUAUUGGAGUCAACAGGUCUCAAUGGACGUUCAUCAGUUAGGGAAGUUGAUCUUCAGACUGGAAAGAUCAAAGCCCUGCAAAACAUGGAUUACGCUUAUUUUGGAGAGGGUCUAACUCUUUUGGAUCAAAGGUUGUAUCAAGUAACUUGGUUGGAAAAAACUGGUUUCAUCUAUGACCGAUAUAAUUUAACCAAAUUCAAAAAAUUUACUCAUGAUAUGAAAGAUGGCUGGGGAUUAGCAACAGAUGGAAAGGUCCUCUUUGGAAGUGAUGGAUCCUCUUCCUUAUACCGCAUCAACCCUCAAACAAUGAAAGUUAUAACAGAGCUGGUGGUGAAAUAUAAAAGUUAUGAGGUGCAUAACCUCAAUGAACUAGAGUACAUAAACAAUGAAGUUUGGGCAAACAUUUGGCAGAGUGACUGCAUAGCUAGAAUCUCACCCGUGGAUGGAACAGUGAUUGGAUGGAUUCUCCUUCCUGAAUUGAGAGAGGGAUUAAUAGCAUCCGGCAACAGAAUUGAUGUGUUGAACGGCAUAGCAUGGGAUGCGGAUAAAAAACGGAUUUUUGUGACAGGGAAAUUCUGGCCAAAGCUAUACGAGAUCAAGCUGCAGCCAUUGAGGAAACAUUUGCGGGCACCUGUUGAACAAAUGUGCUUGCGGGCCCCAGUUCAUUUCAAUUGAAGUGAAGUAAAGAAUUAUGAAAAACAAUUUUGUGAUUUUGAGUAGAGUUUAGUUACACUUGAGGAAAAAAUCCCAUCCCAUAAAUAAUAUUAUAUGAUAAUAUUAUAUUAUAGGUCAC